CUCCCAAACCCCCGGCCCUCCCCGCAGCCUGAGUCACUUCCCUUAUGGUGCUGCCUUCCCUUACGGUGCCCAGCCCAGUGCGCCCGGAAUAGCAGGUGGCACUAUGGAUGAAUAUAAAGGUUUAACAGAUAAAGAACUUAUUGCUCGUCUGAAGAAAUACAGAAUUCCACAUGGCCCUGUUGUUGGAUCAACCCGAAAACUGUAUGAAAAGAAAGUCUAUGAAUAUGAGACUGAGCGAACACAGCUCUCUUCACCUGGAGGAUCAAUGUCCUAUACAGAGCCAAGCAGCAGUGAAAGCUACACACGAGAGACCUUUCUGAGCCCACGGAGCAGAGAUGAUUUCAGCUAUGGGCGUGAAGCUCUUGGCUCCACAAGGACUUAUUUAAGAGAAAACUAUGACUCUCCAAGAGAGGAUGAAUAUUACACUGAGUAUAGAAGUGAAGAUCUCAGUCCCACCAAGUCCUACCUGGGUCAUAAUUACGGCUUGACUCACCAUGAAGAACACUCCACAUAUGCGCCAGAAGACUGGGAUGGCAAUUCUUCUGAGGCUUCUACAUCUUCCUACCGUCGGUAUGUGUCCUCCUUUGACACUGAUACAUCACCAGGAUCAGUGAGCGCCCGGCGGCCAAUUGGAGAGCCAUUUCCUUACAGUUCUGGCCAGAUGGAUGUGCCAACCAAGAGACCAAUAAGCAGGAGAAAUGCGGCCUCAACCAGACCACCCCAGUUCCUUCUCCCCUUUUGGUUAAUCCAGCUCUUGAGAGCAGAGGGACUCGACAGAUUGUGAGAGGAUACAGGGAUUUAAGGCUCCUCUGGAGUUCCUUCUCUAGAUCUGGAACACGAGAGUGUUGUGAGCUAUCUGUGGUCAAGUUGGGCAUGUGCUGUCUGUAUGGAAAGGUCACGUAUUUGCAAGGGGACCCUGAGAAGGGGCUGGAGGGAAUCCAGUGGUUUCUAGGGAACCCUGAUGUUGUGGUUCUUUGGCCUGAGGGACCACAGCAAAGUGUGUGGCUGGGGCCUUUGAGGGCUGUCUGCUGGUCAGAUGAGGGCGCAGGAAGGGGCUUGCUGUUGGGGAAGGAGCUUUACGUUGGGGUGGGGGGUCUUGUGUGUUAUGUGUCUUUCGUAGGUUUUCCCGUACCCGAAUGAACUCUGGCUGGUUCCCAACAGCAUUGCUUGUGGCUUCCUGCUGAUGCUGCUGCAGACAAAAAAAGAGUGCUCAUUUGAAGCAUUUCCGAAGGGUUCAUGUGCAAGACAUGUUUUUCCACCCCCCCCCAAGAAACUGCUGGCCAGCAGAAAAAAAUGGGGAUCCAUAAUGACAGCUGCACACACCAUACCUGCUUUCGUCUCUGCUGCCAACGCAGAAGCUCCUGCUCCAGGGGUGAUUGUUCCAAGUCACUUUCCAUCCCAUCUCGGCGCCGGUUCCGAUUCUCUAGAACCUGCAGCAGCUCUGGCUUGGAACGAAGGUUCAGGCCUCUGAGAGGAGGGAGAUUAAAAUAAUGCAACAGUAAUUGCCCCUCCCCACCCUCAGCAUGCUGAUUUUCUAAUGGUUGCAACAAACUCCUUUCAAUAAGCCCAAAUUCAGGUCAUGUUGCCACUACAGGCCUAAGACUCAGUGGAAGCCCUCCAAGAAUCCUGAGAAAAUCAAGGGGUGGUAGUAAUGGAGUGAUGGCAUGUGUAAUCUGGGUCUACUUUUCAACACUGUUGUCUGGAUGAUACCUCACUCUGCACUCUUCGGAAGGGCAAAAUACACCUGCAAGAAAGGCUGUCCAGAGGUGAAAAAUCCAAAGUAACAGCUGUCCCAACAGUACUAUUCUGUUCCUGCCCCCUCAAAAGUAUAUCAUUUAAAAUGGACUGCUUCUGCAUCCCCUUGGUUGCCAACAUCUUCCUUCAUCAGCCCGGCACACUUUGGCUAAUAGCGUAACUCUCACAUUGGCCAAUUUAAGAUUGUGAGUACCUCAGAAAAGUGCCACCUACAGUGAUGGUGCUAUAUAGAAAAUAUGCACAGGUGUCUUAUUCUUGAAAUUACAAUGCUUUAUGUUCCGUGGAGUAAGAUAAUAGGCAGGUGUUUUCCCAAUACAAAGGCCAGUGUGUCAGAGGAACAGGAAUAAUCAAGAUUCCAUCCAUUUCUAAAUCAGAUGUUUUAAUACAAUGCCAUUCUUCCACUCUUCUAAAAUGAGAACAGGAACCUAUCACCCCAUUGUUUGAUUCCAUUCUUUUACAACAGAAACAUGGAUAGUGCAAUCAUAUAGUUUAGUCACGAGAUGGCACUUGGCGUAGGUAUAUGCCUAUAUACAGUCAGGAGUUGUCUAUUGUUUGCUUCUUAAGGGAAAGGCAAUAAAGUUGUCUCGAUGCCUGA